AUGACUCAUACACAAGAGUUCAGCAUGAAGAACUGUAGACGUCGUUUAGAACAAACAAAUAGUCGAAGGCAGCGUACUUUUAGGAGGUACUACUCCUCAUUUUGUUGCUCGUUUCAUCAUUCGAUUCCUUCGUGUGCGUCUGUCUCGCGUUACCGCAGGAACAAAAUUAUGCCGGGCUGGGGAGUUCGUAAACAAAAUCAGAAAGUACGUGCGCCGCUCUCCGCGAGACAACGACAGGCAGCGCCGGUCAACAACGCGAAACCCAGCAACAAUGCGUGGCAACCUGUUACGCCAUACGAUGUCGCGGCGGUUUCGCAGGACAUGGGGUACGUGACGCUUUAUCAUGCGACAUCUCCCCAAAACGCCGCGCAGAUUGUCCAGUCGCAAUGGUUAAAACCCGGCAACGGCGGGGAGUUAGGUCCCGGAGCGUACUUCUGCGCGGACCCAGAUAAUGCGAGAUUUCGACAGCGCGCAGUGCCGGGGAAGGGGUACGCAGUAGUGCUCUCUGCACGGGUAAAAGUCGGCGCCACGGCCUGUAUUACAAGCGGCAAAGUUGUCGACGCGGAGUUUUUGCGCAGCUUCGGCUACGGGAGCGCGAAAGUGUACGAGAAGGAUAUCUACAUGAUUCCGGGGUGGGGCAGCUGGCAGAAGAUUACAAAUAUCAUGUAUCACACCGGGUAG